GUCUCUGUCUCUGGUGGAUUUUCUUUUCUUUUCUUUUCGUUUUUUUCCAUAUUCUCUCUCCCUCACCCACACAAAAAAACAUAUUCAUUUCUUUAUGCCCUUUUCCAGGCAUAUUUUGACCUCUCAUCUGCAACCAAUAGGUUUUCUGGGUUUUUUUCCAAAUUUGUGUAGAAAUGGCGAGGGGAAAGACUCAGAUGAGGCGCAUAGAAAAUGCAACAAGUAGGCAAGUGACCUUCUUCAAGAGAAGAAAUGGGCUUCUCAAAAAAGCUUUUGAACUUUCAGUCCUAUGUGAUGCUGAGGUUGCAGUUUUAAUCUUUUCUACCAGAGGCAAACUCUAUGAAUUUUCCAGUAAAAGCAGCAUCAAGGAGACAAUAGAACGUUAUAAAAGGCAUAAAAAAGAUAUUCAGGCUAAGAACCCUCCAGUGGAACAGAAUAAGCAGCAUUUACAGCAGGAAAUGGCAAGUCUGAUGGAAAACAUAGAGCAUCUCGAAUCUUCAAAAAGGAAGCUCUCGGGGGAAGAUCUGGGAUCGUGCACCACUGAAGAACUACUAGAGCUAGAACAACAGCUGGAGCGUAGCAUCAGCAGCAUUCGAACAAGAAAGAUUCAAGUUUUCAGGCAACAUGUAGAGCAAUUGAAAGAAAAGGGAACAGCUUUAGCAGUUGAAAAUGCAAUGUUGAGGAAUAAGCUUUCGCUCCAACAAGAACGAGGAUCAAACAAGGAAAAAGCAACUGUGCCUUCUGCAGAUAUUAGUGAAGUUUCAGAUGUGGAAACAGACUUGUUCAUCGGACCUCCAGAAACCAGUCGGAAGCGUGCCCUUUAGAAGUCAGAAGUGAAUAAAAUUUAUGCAAAAGUUUUUACAAAAAUAUAUAUAAUUCGGAAAUAAAUUAUCUGAUAGUAACGGACUUGCAUUAAUUUGAACUAGUAAUAAUACCAGCUAGAAUGGUGGGAACGCAAUAAUUUUUCGUAGAUUGUAUCUUAUGCAAUUGUUUAUUUGACAAGCUUUUCUAUGUUAAGCUCUGAGGUAUUCUAUGUUAGUGACAUGCCUUAGUCCAAUCGUUAACGGUUGUAAACACUUUAAGAUUAAUGUAUUUACAGUUUAUGGCAGAACUAUGAUUUUAA